CGCCACUUUUUUCAUUCGGAUCUCUCGCCUCACUUCCGCGGAGGAGCACAGCGGCCUUAAGAGAGUUUGGUCGCAGUGGGAGCCCGUAGCGGGCCGCGCGCGCAGGUGCGGUUUCCAGGGCGACCGAGGGACGCCUUGGUAUAUUUACAUACUACUGCAUGGCUUCCAAGUUGCUCAGAGCAGCGUCUCCCCCUCUCCUGUUUUAUCCUCACAACAGCCCCGUGAGCAGACUAUAGAUGUUGUGCUCAAGGAACAAGUGGAAGCAUGGUCUGUUAUAGCUUCAAGUUAUUUGUCUCUUCCUCGGGGCUCUGAGCUAUCCAUGGAGCCUCCAGAUGUUGAUGCCUAGUCCUUCCCCAACUGAGGAAUGGCAACUCCAUCGCUGAACCCUCCACCAGACCUCCCUUUUGCCUCAACCUUGUUCCUGCCUCUCCCUGCCAUCGUUUUCUUGGUCGUUGGAUCCUACUUAUUACUCCUGGCCCUGGUCCUUGUCCUCCGACAGUGCCUGAUGGCCCGGGGUCUUUGUGCCAACUGCUGCUCCUGUGAAAAGCAGCCUUGGCCAAACAUGUGCGAAUGCUGUUUGACCUGUGCAGAAACAUGUGACUGUGCCCUUCCUUCCCCAACCCGCUGUAUGGAUCGCUACUGCACCUGUACUAAUCAGGGCUGGGAACCAGGGGCUUGUUCCUUUCCCCGCUUGUGUCCCCUCUGCGAUUGUGCCUGCACAUACCAGCCCCCAGACUGCCAGAACAUCAAUUGCAUUUGCUUUGAGAUCAAACUGCGAUGAAGAACUCAAAAUAGAUUAUGUCUGUGAUUUGGGAGUGGGAGGAUUUGGAAGUCUUCAUACAAGUGGUGGAUCCUACAAGCGGUGGACAAGUAAAAUGGGGAGUUGGUUGCUCAGCCUGACAUAAUUAACUUGUCCUGAUGCAAAAAAGUUUUGAAACUGAGCUUUUUCUUUUUCAUGUUGAUUUUUCAAGUGCUUUUGUACUUUGUACUGCGUGUUUGAUAUUAAUGUUUUUAUAUGAAUUGCUGCAUUUUAUAAUAAAGCAGGUUGAAUAUCA